CCUUGGUUCUCUGUCCACAGCAAAAUUGUCAGUGCGCCUCCUCUGGAACUUCCAAGUUCCUACGGUCCUACCGGUGACCCAAACCUCGCCGUAGAGCUUACCCCGCCGACGGCGAUGGCGGCGGAAGCGUCAAGCUCGUCGGUCUUCCCCGAGGGGGAUUCGCUCCUGCGGCCCCUCGCCGCGAGCGGGUGGCGCUUCCGUGACACCUUGGACGAGUCCAUCCAGGCCCUCCUCCACGCCUCCCCCUCCCCGUCGCCGGAGGCCCUGGAGGCCGACCUCCUCGACACGGACCUGAGGCUCUUCGGCGGGAAGUCCCUCCCCGACCGCGCCGCCGCCACGGCCACGAAGCGGCUCUCCUACCUCCACGGCCCCAUCGUCCUGCAGGUAGUUUCUCUAAGGGAUAUAUAUAGCAGCAGAGUCGAUGCCUCCUUUAAUAAGCCGCAGCAACGGCGCCUUCUGCGGUUUGGCCUCACUGAUGGUAUUUCUGAAGCAGUGGCCAUUGAGUUGUCCCCUAUCCCGUUCAUCACAGAAGAGAUAGCUCCAGGCACAAAGAUUCGUCUUGAGAACAAGAUUCCGGUAAAUCAUGGCAUAUUGUGCCUAGGUGCAAAAAAUGUGACCGUCAUCGGGGGAACUGUCCAAUCUUUGUAUGAGGAAUGGAAAAUGAACCAGAAAUUCUCGGGCUUAUCACGCCCAGUAUUGAGGUUAUCACAAGAUGACGAUGGAGUUGGGCCUCCACCAUUUGAGAAAUUAGAUAUCGAAGCACGUCCAAACAGGACAUUCCAGUUGCAAGCAUACCCCGCAGACCAGAAGGGUAGAAACUUGGGAGUUGCUCAUGACCACGUGUCGGUUAAUUCCAGUUCAAAACCUACGAAUGAGGGUUCAAGUAACAUGAACAGAGAGAAUACAACUAGCAAAGCUGAAUCCAAACAGUCUACUGCAGAUAUCAGACCAAAAGAAGUAAGCGAAGCUGUCCCUGUUCAGAACCAAGCUGCUGCACAGAAACUACUGCAGAAAAUGGCUAUGCCCGAAGAUAGGCCUGGUCGGGGUCGAUUCAAGGGCAGGAGCAAGCAGGAAGAUACCCCAGUCUUUACCCUCGAUGAAUGGGAGAGGAGAAAAGCAGUCGGUUCGGUGUCCGCAGCAGAAAGGCAUAUACAAGACACCAGCCGAGACGAGGAACUGGCAAGGCAGCUCCAAGAACAGCUAGAUCUAGAAGACUCCCACGCGAUGCCCGUGACUUCAGAGGCCGAACGCCUGCGGAUGAACAUGUUCAGCUUCAACGGCCCUGAAGAAAUGGGUGGCGGGAGAAGAGAUUUCCGAGGACGCGGGCGGGGAAGGGGACGAGGGCGAGGUCGAGGCAGGGGAAGAUUUUAGCCCAGUUUCAAAACUGUGUUUUUUUAGGGUACUCCAAUCUGCAGAGUGGUGGUAGUAUAAUAGUAGUAUUGAUGAUCAUCAUCACCUUUUGAAAAGGAGGCAGUAGUGGUCAUCUUAAAUCCCUCUCUGGUAUCUUAUGAGGAUGAUGAUGACCUAUUAACUCUUUAUUAAGCAUGUUCGUUUCACUCUUGAGUUGAGUUGCCUCUCACCUGAUGCUAGCUAGCAAAAUGUCAAGGGUUCAGAAACAAGGCAAACAACAUGUGUAUUUUCCAUGGAAUUUUUUGAUUUUACUCAUGGAUUUGUGGAAUCAGCAGAUGUUCUGAACUGCAAACUGUUGACAGUAAAUCAAACCUUUUUA